AUGGAUUUAUCUAAUUUAGGAAAAAUAUUUUUCUUUUAUGCUGUCAAGCUUGCGGAUUUGUGGCCAAAAGGGAGCAUGAACAACCAUGGAAUACAAAAUGCAAUUUGUAGAGCCAAAGAACGUCGAAGAACACUAUUGCAAGAAAAGUGGCAUGAAAAGAAGCCUACUGCAGGGCUGGAUAGCAAUCUCCAUGAAGAAGCUGACUUAGUUGCUGAACAUGGAAAACCGGUAAAUGACCAUAACACCCCUGAGCUAAAUUUUCCGGACACUGUUGUCCCUGGCACGCCUGAACUUGAUCGGAAACUUGAUGCACCUGCAAAAAGGUUCAGCCCACCAUCAUCAGGGGAUUGCUGA